AUGCUCCCGGAGGGGCCAAGAGAGUUACAGGACCGGCUCGCACCAUGUCUGUCAUUCUACGGGUUAUCGCCCACGGGUAAAUGGAGCUUCUAUGGCACGUCUGACGAGGCGUGCUUGGAGGAAGCGUUUCCCCAGAUAAACCGAGGUGGUCUUUCCGACGCUCUUCAUCCUCUAAAGACCAAGUUCGUAUGGCUUGAGAGCGAAGCGGCGGCUGUGGACGACUCGUUGCUCUCUAUCCAGGCGCAAGAUGCCUUCGACUACGUUCUUGCCAGCAUCAAGUCUGCAGCUUCACUGUCUAUGUCAGAUGGUCAACAGCGCAUCUUGGAUGGUGAGCAGAAGCCCGAGCCUGUCGAGGUCAUGUAUCGCGAGAGGACGGCCAGCGCAAUGCUCCUCCGCGUAGACGAAUCGCUCGCUCCGACGAUCGACAUGCACCUCCCACGGUUUUGGAAGUCCAUGAUCAUACCCUCGAAGCCCCAGCCCUUCAUCCCUGUGCCCAUCACGGCGGUGGAGCGCGUCAGGGAUAUCCUUAAGCACGCCAAGUUCGACCCCGUCGUCGCGUCCGUCGUCAGCAACAUUUCGGUUCCACAUAUGAAACACGACGUCCGCUGGCUGACCGGCGAGGACCCGAAGUCGCCCAUCAUCUCACGACACUCGUUCUCAGACGAUGCACGUACGGCUGCGGAGUGGCUGAAAGAGCGGUUUGAGGAGACGGGCGCGACAUGUAAUCUGCAACCAUUUCAAAGCGGUUUCACGCCUAAUGUCAUCUGUUCGUACUCCUCAACCGUCAACACCACCGAGACCAUCUUGCUCAGUGCGCACUACGAUAGCCGCGGCUCCUUUGGCCUCACGCGCGCUCCAGGUGGAGACGACGAUGGCAGCGGCACAGUCGCGCUUCUUUCUAUCGCGCGCACCAUCAAGCGGCUUGGUGUCAAGUUUAGGAAGAAUGUGCAGCUGUGCGCGUUCGGCGGCGAGGAGCAAGGUCUGCUCGGUUCACGUGCUUACGCUCGUGAACUGCGCGAGCAAGGCGCGAACCUCACGCUAAUGGUCCAGGCCGACAUGAUUGGGUACCACAAGCCGGGCGAGCCUCCGCAGCUCGGUCUUCCCAACCUGAUUGGUACACCUGCAGUCACACACCUUGUUGCGAACCUCUCUGCCCUCUACAGCCCUGAGCUCACCGUCGGCUUUACGCCAGCAUGCUGUAGCGACCACCAGAGUUUCCACGAACAAGGUUUCCCAUCUACCCAGGUUUUUGAGCGUGCGGGUACGAUUGCAGAUCCGAUGUACCACAACAGCGGUGACUUAAGCGACCGCCAAGGAUAUGACUUCGAACAGAUCAAGUCAAUUGCCAAAGUCCAGUUUGCUACCCUGCUUCAUUCGGCUGGAUUCGAGCUGCCGGAUAACAGUCUCUAAUCGACACAUCUUAUGAUAAGAUAUCCUCGGGCCUGGGAUGCACAUAUUUUUGGAUGGAGCACUUGUUACAUACAUCUCGUCUCGACGAAACCACAAGCCAUAUCUACGUGCUGGGUAGAAAUGCAUAUGCCAAAAACGCUAUGGGGACAGUUGCAUCAAACUAGAACCUUCGUUGGCCAUGCUGUCUCAGGCUGUAGUCCCCAGGUCUCAAGCCACGCCUCGAAUAAGCCCGCGAUCUUCUGGUGGCCCGCCUCCGUCGGAUGACCGUUGCUUGGGAAGACAUCCUCCCAGCUGACCCACCCUGUCGUGUUCACGAGGAAAACGUUCUCAUCGCCGAUGGUGUGACGUUCCUCGACAACUUUUUCGUAGCUUCCUGGGUAAUAGUAGCUGAUGCUUCCGUCAGCCGCGGGCCAGCCCCAAGGAGUAAACACCAGGAUCGGCUGCGAGUGGUAGAGUGUGCGCAGGCGCGAGAUGAAGCUGAGGUAUGUCUGCUCAAAGUCGGAGGCGGUGACGUUCUGCGAAACGUCGUUCGCUCCGAUGUGAAUCACGACGUGCGUCGGCGCUGGGUCGUCACGGGAGAAAUCCCAGGGCGUCGUGAAGUUGUGGUCCGUCGUGUAGUAGUAGCCGGUGUCUUCAGUUCUGAAGUACUCGUAGCUGACACCGUGAACGUUACCCCAAGCAGGAAUGUCCGUCAAGCAUGCACCCGGUUGCGCAUUCACUCGCGAUUCUGCUUUGAAAGCUUCGGAGGUCAGCACUGGCCAGGCUUGCAGUACGCCUUGUUCGAGGUAUUGGCCUGCGGAGAGCGAGUCGCCGAUAACCUGAAAGAAUAGCUUCGACGGUAUGUAUGGCUUGAGCUGUGCUCCCUGAUUGAGCGCAAUUGACUCCAGUUGCAUCCGAUUGUCCUGCCAGCCUUCCGUCGUGAUUCUGAUCACGGUGUUCUUGCCGCUCGCAUCAGCUUCUGCUGUAGAUAAUCCACUCAGAGGGAUAGCGUUCGGCCCUUCGGAAACGUUCGCCGUGACGUAGGGACCAUAGUUCACUGACACGCCGACCGAGGUAAGAGGUGAAGUUGUAUGUGGACCCAAGUUAAGCUCAAGAGCCUGCAGGUUUUCAACAUUGAGUUUGAAGCCGGAGCCGGCCCACCAUGUCCCCGGGGAUGCGUCCCAUCUACCGUGAUACGCUAUCAACGGGUGGGAGCUAGGGAGAGUCACGUCGUAAGUAGCAGAGGGAACCGCAGCAGCCUGAGACGUCCAAGCUGUUGCCCAGAGAAUCGUGGAGACCGGGAUGAAGU